CGACAACAACAACAAGCACAUACCAAUCGAGACUAACCUUCAUAAUGGACCCUCGUCAAAGCCAAGUUCACCUCAAACCACCACCACCCCAACACGGUCGCCCUUCAGCAUCGGCCUCACCAGCCCCGACUCCCCGCGCCCCCGUAACAGCACAUCCUACCGCCACAGUCGCAGACACAGUCAUACUCCACGGCACGCAUCCGAUCGCAAUAGGCGCAGGAACGAUAGUCCAUCCCCGCGCCAAAAUCUACUCAUACGAAGGACCCAUCAUCAUCGGCGAGAACUGUAUUAUCAGUGAGAAAACCACCAUCGGCGCCGCGCCCACCCAGCCUCCCUCGCUUCUCAGAGAAUCGCGCACAACAGACGGAUUGCCCAUCCGUAUAUCCUCUUGUGUUACCGUUGGACCGCUAGCCACGAUCUUGCCUGGGACACAUAUUCACUCUGCUGUUACAAUUGAAGCACUCACGACCAUCAAUCGGCGCGUAUCCAUAGGCGCACAUUCGAAGAUCUGCUCGGGAUGCGAGGUUUCAGACAAUGUGAAGAUACGAGACUGGACUGUUGUGUGGGGGUCUGGAGCUGGCUUUGGGCAGAGAAGACGCACACGUGCGACGGAGAAAAUGAGUUCGGCAACGGCUGCAACGCAGGGGAUCCAGGCGCUCGAAGGGAGAGUCAUCGAGGAUGCGAGACUGAUGGUGUUGCAGAAGGAGAGAGAGGCUCUUGUUAGGCUUAUUGGAUCCGGAGGGGGUGGAAGGAGAAGGUGAAUCUCGUGGCUCGUCUAUUUUGUUUGGAUAUGCAGGCUCAAGGCACGCAUAUCAUCUGUUACUUUUUUGCCUUUAUUUUUGCCCCUCGAGUGCGCUUUAUACCCUGAUAGAUUGUAAUUAAACAUAUUUUCUCGGCUACAGAAGAGGACUUCUGUGCGUAGGUAUUCAGUCGCUAGAAGGCAUAGACUGUACACUAUAUCUAACUGCCGAAUCAUGCAGUCAAAGUAUAAUAUCAGAUGAAAUGAACAAAGGAAAUCAAUAAGUCUGUUUCUGACGACCGUUCUCCCUAAAGAGGGCAUAGAAAUGAUUUGGAAUGUUCGUAGACGCUUUAGUCCCUAGUCAAACAAAAUCAGGCGUAAAGGUACAGAAAAUGAAAAAUUUAAGUAGAAACCCAGAAACAAAAAAUCAAAUGGCUUAAGAACCUCUUGCAUGACCACCACCGCGAAUUCUCUUUCCAGCUCCUUCAUUACCACCCUCUCCACCGUCGUCUCGGGCCCGCUUAUUUCCCUGAGGAACAAACUGGCGAGCAUGAGCAUUUAGGUUUCCACGUGGACUAGACUGCCCUUGCCCCUGUGGCAGGUUUGCAGUCUGGACAUUCUGGUUGCCACCUCGGCCAUGACCCCCACGACCUCCGCGGCCUCGAGUGAGACCGGUGCCACGUUGGGAUGGCUGGCCCUGCUGUUGCUGUUGAGGCUGACCCUGGUUUUGC